GGAAGGAAACGCGGAGCGGGCAGGGUCCGGUGGGCCCGUCGCCUCCGCGCUUUUUAACUCGUCGGCCAUCCCGACGCCGCACGCGGGUCGCCCGGCUGGCUGCCCCCCUCCCCGCCGCUGGCCGCUCCUCCGAGAUCCCGCCCCCGCCCUCGCCGCGCCGCGCCGACAGCGCCCCCGCCGACCCGGCGCACGGAUCUCGCCUCGCCUUCCGCCCCGUCGCGAUGCCCAGGCGGCGCGCCCCCGCCGCGGCCCUCCUCGUCGUCGUCCUCGCGCUCUCCGUUUCCGUUUCCGCCUGCGCUGCCGCCGACCAGGUCGCUAAUGGCGCUGCCGGGAACGGCACCGGCGCCGCCCGCCUGGACCGCCGCACCAAGAUGUUCCUCCAGACGGCGCGGGCGCGCGGGGACGCUGCAGGGGCGCAGGAGCCGGGGCUGGGGCUCUUCGACGCCUUCUUCGCGAGCCUGUCCAUCAUCGUCGUCAGCGAGAUUGGGGACGAGACGUUCAUCAUCGCGGCACUGAUGGCGAUGCGGCACCCCAAGUCGACGGUGCUCUCUGGUGCACUGUCGGCGCUGGUCGUUAUGACAGUGCUGUCAACUGGGCUAGGCAGAAUUGUUCCAAAUUUGAUAUCAAGGAAGCACACUAACAGCGCAGCAACUGUCCUUUAUGCAUUCUUCGGGCUACGUCUGCUGUACAUUGCCUGGAGAUCAGAUUCCAAGGCAUCGCAGAAAAAGGAAAUAGAAGAAGUAGAGGAAAAGCUGGAAGCAGGUCAAGGGAAGUCAACAUUUAGACGUGUUUUCUCGAGAUUCUGCACUCCUAUUUUCUUGGAGUCAUUUGUGUUGACCUUCCUAGCAGAGUGGGGCGACCGGAGUCAGAUAGCUACUAUUGCGCUGGCAACGCACAAAAACGCGAUCGGUGUUGCUACAGGAGCAACCUUGGGGCACACCAUCUGCACAUCGAUCGCGGUGGUGGGUGGCAGCAUGCUGGCGUCCAAGAUAUCUCAGGGCACGGUAGCGACCAUCGGAGGCCUCCUCUUCCUCGGGUUCUCUCUUUCGUCGUAUUUCUACCCACCAUUGUAGUAGCACCCUACCAUGUCUUUGUCAUCCUUCUAGUUCCUCCUGCUAGCCCCCACCCCACCCCACUCACCCAACACUCUGUGGCAUUCUCAUCUUGCCCAGCAUCCUCAUCUGAUCCAGUGAUCCUUGCCCCGCGGCACUGAUCUUUUGCUGUACCAGUGUCCACGGAGGAUAUGUGUAGGGAUACGAUCAAUGCCAGCUGAUUGCCAAUUGUAAUACUAUACAAGUCAUGAAUUCAAAAGGAAACAGAAGAGGAGGUGUUCUGAAUUCCUGAUUGCCAUCCUCGGGUGAACUUGACAACAGUUCCCAAUUUUAGUAAA